AAUUUUUCUUUUGUUAAACCUUUCAAAAUCCGUUUUGUCAAAUGCAGUUGAAACGCAUUGCAUGUGAUAUCUAAAAAUUUUACUUGGAAUGGCACCAAUACGGUACAGUCUCCACUAUGAAGAUUAUUCAGAACACUUAAUGUCUAGGUUCGGAAAACUUUUACAAAUGCAAUCAUUAGUGGACAUGACACUUAUGUGCAGUUCUCACACUUUGCGUGUCCACAAAGCUGUUCUGGCAGCAAGUAGUGCGUAUUUCCAGGAAUUGUUACAAAAACAAUCUGGAGAGCCGUUGAUUAUAUUGAAAAUGCGCUUUAGUGUACUAAAAUCGUUGGUGGAGUUCAUGUACUGUGGAAAAACUCAAUGUUUAGAAGAAAAUUUGGAUGAAUUAGUUUCAGCCGCGCAAUUUUUGAAAAUAAAGGGUUUAUCUAAAGUGACAAAAGAAGGUCUCGGCAUUACGAAACACACUGAGUUGCCAGUAUUCACGCCUCCCGUGGUUAUCAGUCGACCGCCGCAGUCUCUGAUCAAUCUGCACGCACAGGAACCGAUGGAAGCGAAGCCCCCGCCCGCCCCGCUUGCGCCCGCGAGCACUUGUCAGUCCAACGACAGCCUGAAUCGGACUAAUAAGGAUAUGGUUGUACGCAUUCCGUUCGAUAUCGAGAACGGAGGCGGCGGCAGCGCCGGCCUGCCCACAGACCUGCCGAUACUCUUCGAAUCCGGCGACGGCUCCUACAUCAAUGUCAACGAACAGGUCCUCCUAGAUAUGGUACAGAGCAACGAGAUACAAUACGAAGUAAUCGAGCAGCCUAAUAUUAUAGAAAAAGUCGCAGAUCCCAGCGAAAUUAAAAGCAUCGACGAUCUAUCUAAAUCAAUAGAGAGAGGAGAGAUGCUCAUCAAUUCGAAGGGCUACAACGACAGCAACUAUGACAAGGAUCCUCAGUACAGUCGGCACGAAGAUGCCAUCAACAGCCUCAGCGCUAUUUUACCUGAUAAUCUAGAAUCGUUUGGUGAACAGCAGAACUACGUCGUUCUCGGCCAAGAUCUGCAAGAGAGUCAAUCUAACUUGGACCCGGUGAACUCGCACGACUUCUCCUGCAUCGACAGUGAUAUGCAGUUCUUCUACGACUUUAGUUUGCCGCUGCCACAAAGCUCCGACUUCAAGGAAGAUCCUCUCGACUGUCUAAUUUCCAGUUCGAAACAAAACGAUGACGUCAGAAACAAUUUCAACGAUCACGACGAGUUAGACAAAAGGGUGCAGGAGCGAGACGAUUUAAUUAAAGAUUUAAUGAACAUAGAAGAAAAGAUAAAGCUCGACAACAGAACUGAUAAGAAAGAAACUUCGACCAUGAAUAACGAUUUUAACGUCGAAGAAGUUUUUCAGAAAGACGUAUGUGAGUUGAACCAAACGGAGUACACAAGCACGGCGACAACAAAAGACAGCGGACAGAGUAAUUUACAAUGGGACAAUGUAACAGUAAGCGAAAAUGUUCUUGAAAAAGAUUGUGAUACGGAGAAUGUUUCAAACAAAUCAAACAAUCUACAUAGUGAUGACAAAAAUAAGAGCGUUACAUAUUCAGAUCCUAUAAUAGAUUUGACGGAGCGCAUCGACUCCUCUAAUCAGUGGGAUGAUAUAUUACAAGAAAAUGAAGUUAAUAAAGAAAACAUGGAGCCUUGCUCGAAUCAUGACAAUUCUACAUUAGAAGGAGAUAUACCGUUUGCCGUCGGCUUAUUGCCGCUGAAGCAAGUACAAACCGCAGACGACGAAGUUUUACUAAAAAGAAAAGUGGCCAACGAUUCUGACAGUUUAGAUACUGUUGAUGCUAAAUGUUUAAAACGUAAGAUCAAACACAAAAAAUUGUGACAAUGAUAUUUAAUAAA